CAGGCUUUGGUUGAUUCGGGUCGUCCAAAUUUUAGUAAAGUUUGCAUCUUUUUUUUUUAUAAUAUUGUUGGGGUCGAAGUUGAACUAGAAAAAUGUUAUUUAAAAUGCAAAGGAGGCCACUUUUACAUGUUCUAACGCCAAUUCUUUUUUUCGUAUUGGCCUCACGUCGUGUUGCCUAACCAUAUCAAUCAAAGAACAAUCAAAUAAGCUUCUACUUGGUUUAUAAACUUCUCAUGUAUAUGUUUAGAGCAACUUUAUUGCGGUUUCGGGAAGGGGUUUUUAAAGAAAUAACAUGAAUUAAUUAAAUGUAAACUAAAUUAAAAUUGGUGAUACCGUUCCUUAAUCUGUGGUUUGCGAAUCGGUUUCUUAAUGAAAGAAAGAAACACGUGUAAGAUGGUGGGCAAGACAACACCAUUUUUUUCCCUUUUCCCUUUUUUCUUUCUCGGUUCUUUCUUCUUUUUCUUGUUUUCUCCGUCAUCUCUCUUCGGUUCUUCGACAUCUCAGAGGACGACGAUGGUUUGUUCUUCGUCUUGUCUUCGUCGAUCGAUUGAAGAUCGGAAAUGAUGGUUUGUUCUUCGUCUUCUCUUCUUCUUCUCUUGGUCGAUUGAUGGAAGGUGAGAGUUGAUGGUUUGUUCUUCGUCUUCUCUUCGUCUUCUCUUCGUUCUUCGUCGAUGGUUUGUUUCUGAGGCAGAGUUUGUCAAUUGAUGGAAGAUCAGAGUCAUGCAUGAAGAAAGGAGAAGCUGAGAUUCAACGAUCACAAGAAGAAUCAAGUCUUCUUCAAUAAAGGCCAGGUUCAUCUUAUUGUUUCUCUGUUCCAUUGUAUUCAAAGUUCAUAGCUUUUUAUUAGGACCAAUGAACAUAAUUGAUUAACAUCAAUUAGCUCCUUGUCGAUCAAUUCUUUUGGUUUAGUUUAGGAAUCUCCGAGAACUCUGUUUUCUAUUCGUUUGAGUCCUUGUGGAUCAAUACUUUUGGUUUAGUUUAGUUGAUUAACACAACAUUAUUUUGUUUGAUAACACUUGAGGAAGGUAUCUGAAAGAGACAGGACACAACAUGGAGCACGAGUGGAAGAGAAUGAUUCUCAACUGGAGAUUAUACAUAGCAAGGGAUAAAGUGACUACAGAUGGUAUCUUUGUUGAGGUAGAAGCAUUGAAUUGAAACAGAGGAUGGUUAACAAUCACAUCGACGAGCUUUGUUGAGGCAGAAACAUUGAAUGGUACGAGUAACUCACUCCUUUUGCUAGCUUUUUUCUUUACUGAUGGCCCUGAGUUAAUUGUGAUAAUGAAUGCUGCUUACAGUUAGGUUGUGGUUAGGACAGUGUGCUUGCUUAGAGUUAAGUUUGUGGUUGAGUUAAUAGUGAUAAUGAAUGCUGCUUAGAGUUAGGUUAAUUGUGAUAACUCAUCUCUAUUAAACCCUGUAGUUACUGCUCUUGCUUUCCAUCUGCUAAACACGUUCAUUGUGACUCUUUCCAUCUUCAAACACAUUUCUUCUUCUUUUUCUCUUCUUUGACAGUCUAGGAUAUGGAUUCUACGAAUCCAUAUAGUCAAAACUCCAACUUUGUUGAUCUGUUGAACAGUCAACAAGAUGGUUUCCCUCCUCAAACCUAUUUUCGUGAGAGUUGUUCACAACUCCCUGUUUUUAGUACUCAAUGUACUGAACCUUCAAGUUUGCGUGAAGACACACCAUCAGAGAAAAAAGAAAGAAAGAAAUGGAGUCUCACCGAGGAUGUUGUGCUUAUUAGCGCAUGGUUGAACACCAGCAAGGACCCUGUUGUAGGCAAUGAGCAAAAAGCUACUGCUUUCUGGAAGCGUAUAGCUAGUUACUUUGCAGCUAGUCCAAAGGUUCAAGGCAGUGAAAAGCGAGGGUUUAUCCAGUGUAAGCAGAGGUGGCAGAAGAUAAAUGAUCUCGUUUCCAAGUUUUCUGGUUCUUAUGAGGCUGCAACAAGACAGAAGACAAGUGGAAUGAAUGAGAAUGAUGUAGUUAAACUAGCACACGAGAUCUUCUUCAAUGAUCACAAGAUCAAAUUUAAUCUUCAACAUGCGUGGGACGAGCUAAGGUAUGACCAGAAAUGGUGUGAAGCAUCUAGUAGUAAGAUUGAUGGAAGCUGUAAGAAGAGAAAGUGUGACGAUGGUGCUCAGUCCUCAAGCUCUAACGCAACUACCAAUGAUGCUGAGCAACGUCCUCUUGGUGUCAAGGCAUCGAAACGAGGAAGUGGUAAGAGAAUCGGUGAAGCCCUCAAGGGUGUCUCUGAGUUUCAGAACUUGUGGGCAAUUAAGGAGAAAGAUUUGGAAGUGAAAGAGAGACUGUCCAAGAUGGGGCUGCUUGAGACUCUCAUUGCCAAAAAAGAGACACUAUCUGACUUUGAAGAAGCUUUAAAAAAGAAGCUUAUUACAGAAAUGUUGGGCGGCUCAGAGUAGUUUCUGGUUCUGUUUCCGAAGGGUGUUGUGUUCAUCACAUAGUGGAGCAUUGCAGUGGAAAAGCAGAAGUGUUUUGUUGUUUUCUUGUGUCAGUCUUAUGUCUUUGUUGGUUUGUUGUGUCACGGAAGUAGCUAUGUCUUUCUUGGUUUGUUGUGUCACGGAAACAGCUUGGUCUUUCUUGGUUUGUUGUGUCACAAGACUGCUGUUGGGGUUGUUGUUUUCUACUCUCAUUGUCUUUAAAUGAAAUGAAGUACUCUAGUUUGUAAUGAAAUGAAAGUAUUCUAGUUUCUUUGUGUCAUUUGUAGUUUCAGUGUUCAUCGCCAAUAUCAUCUCUUUCUCAUAUUCUCGUUUCUCAAUCACAUAUCAUCAAAAUAUCAUCGCCAAUAUCAUCUUCUCUUUCUCAUACCAAGGGCUGUAACAAAACAUACCAAGGGAUUAUCAUCUUCUCCGUAAGGCAAGUUCACAAACAUUCAUCAUAGUUUUUUUUUUUAAUGAAGGUGAUUAAGAAGGGGUAAGUUAUAUUUUUUCCAACCUUGUAUAAUAUGAAGCUUCAUGACAAAAAAAAAUAUGAGGCUUAGUUUUUUUUUUUAAUUGAAGGUGAUUAAGAAGGGUUUUACUACUUACCAUUUUUUUCCCAACCUUAUAUAAAAUGAAGACAAAAAAAAUAUAUUCAUGAAUAUUUUGAUGCAGGUAACCAUGGCAUCUUCUUCUCGUAAUAAUCCUGAUGAUUUUGAUCAAUAUUUUGAUGAAUAUGUUGAUCAACAUUUUGAUCAAACGUUCGAGAAUCUUGUCAUUGCUUAUGGUGGUCAAGAAGAGGAGAAGCCAGAAAGAAAAAAACGAGUUUAUAUCGAAAGAAAUCGAGAAGCCGGUCAUAUACGAUUAUGGAAUGAUUAUUUCAGUGAGACUCCUACGUAUCCUGGAAAUUUAUUCCGACGACGUUUUAGAAUGAACAAGCCAUUGUUCAUGCACAUUGUUGAGCGACUCUCCAACGAAGUUCAAUUCUUUAGCCAAAAGAAAGAUGGUCUUGGAAGGCUUGGUCUCUCUGCCCUCCAAAAGUGUACAGCAGCCAUUCGUGUCUUGGCUUAUGGUACUGCGGCUGAUGCGGUCGACGAAUAUCUCCGGCUCGGAGAAACAACAACUCGGGCAUGUGUGGAAAAAUUUGUGGAAGGAAUAAUCAAUUUAUUCGGUGAUGAGUACCUAAGAAGACCAACACCGGCUGAUCUUCAACGUCUACUUGAUAUUGGAGAGUAUCGUGGAUUUCCCGGGAUGAUAGGAAGCAUCGAUUGUAUGCAUUGGGAGUGGAAGAAUUGUCCCACCGCUUGGAAAGGGCAAUAUUCGCGUGGUUCGGGUAAACCGACAAUCGUUUUAGAGGCCGUUGCUUCAUAUGAUCUCUGGAUAUGGCAUGCGUUUUUUGGUCCUCCAGGUACCUUAAAUGAUAUCAAUGUUCUUGACCGCUCACCUGUUUUUGAUGACAUAAUAAAGGGUCAAGCUCCGCAAGUCACUUACUCUGUCAAUGGAAGAGAGUAUCAUAUGGCUUACUAUCUGACCGAUGGUAUUUAUCCGAAAUGGGCGACUUUUAUCCAAUCUAUUCCAGUACCACAAGGACCGAAAGCAGUUCUAUUUGCUCAACGUCAAGAAGCUGUCCGAAAAGAUGUGGAGCGUGCUUUUGGAGUCUUGCAAGCUCGCUUUGCCAUUGUCAAAAAUCCGGCACUUUUUUGGGAUAAAGUCAAAAUUGGGAAGAUUAUGAGAGCAUGUAUCAUACUCCAUAAUAUGAUAGUAGAAGACGAACGAGAUGGAUACACUCAAUUUGAUGUUUCAGAGUUCCUACAAGGAGACGACACCGGAAGUUCACAUGUCGAUCUUGAUUUUUCUCAAGAUAUGCCUACAAAUAUCGCCAAUAUGAUGGGUGUUCGAACUAGAAUUCGUGAUAGACAGAUGCAUCAACAACUAAAAGCGGAUUUGGUUGAACAUAUAUGGCGUAAAUUUGGAGGAGGUGAAGGCAACAACUGAGCUCGUUUCAAAUUAUUUUAUUUUACUACUCUUUGUUUUUAUGUUUAAAUUUUAAAAUCUAUGUUAAAAAUGUUAUCUUUCAAUAUAUUUUAUUUAAUAAAUCAAUUUUAUCUUUAAAAAAAAUUAUAAUUUUUUUGUUAAGAACCCUUAGUUAAGAAACUACCAUUGGAGGCACAAAAUCGAACAGUUUCUUAACUAGAAUCCUUAAACCCACUUAAAUACAUUUAAUUAAUUAAAUAAUGAUUAAAGAAACCCACUUGAGUUUCAUGAAUAAUCAUGCUCUUAUGCUGUAUUAGUAUUUUAUAAUUUUGGGGAGUUCUUACUAGUACUUUGUUAUUGAAAACUACUAAUAGUGCCCACUCGAGUACUUGACUUGUCUCAUGUUUCUUGUAUUAGAGUUGGUCAAGGAUCUGUAAAGAUAAGAAUCAUUUUCAAGGUCUAAAGAUAUUAGUCUUGUAGUAAAGAAGACGUUACUUCGAUAAAGCCCUACUUCGAACUUCCAACUUCAUAUUCAGAUUACAUUUGUAGUGUACUGUACCUACACUAUCACAAAUUUUUGCAACGAAAAAAAAACUCGAAUCACUCGCCUAUACCAGAUUUUGAAAACAAAGGUUAGGGUUAUCUUUGAAAUUUAUAAAACUUGAAACAAUUAUAAUUUGGAGGCAAAAUUAUCUAUUUACUUUUUUUUUGAUGAUUUGGAAACCAGUGAAUCCCUACAUCAAAAUUUAAGAGCAAGACAAAUAAUUCGUUGUCUUUAGGGUCAAUCCUGCAAAGAGUUUUUUUAUUUUUUCUUUAUUUCACAAUUUCUUAGUUGAUUCUUACUUAGGUUCAGUUCAUUUUAUAAUUGGUUAGUAAAACUGGUAUAAAAGAGUUGGUUGCAUAAGUAGAUUUGCGUUUGGUCUACCACAAAUGUAGAAUUAUUCUUAGAGUAUACUUUAUUCUUUACUUAUGACUUGAAGCGAAACCCACUAACUUUCACCACCCCCAAUAGAAUCCGACACAUUGUGAUUGAGAGUGGAUGUGUACCAAGUAAUUUCAAGCUUGACUAUUCUCUCACACGAUGUCUUAGGCUAGACUAGUUAAUUGGGAUUUGGUGAGAUUAGUCUCCUGAAAUAAUUUCGUCUGAUAAUGAUCAUUUUCCAAAUUUUGGAGGCAUUAAAGUGUUUGGAGUUGGGAAGAAAAUUUAGUGUGUGAAUUGGAAAAAAAAAAACUGUGGUCAAAUAGUAAAUGAUAAUCACUUUUCAUUAAAUGCAUCUUCACUAUAUAAAAUUGUGAACCCAUUUGAUGCCAGCCGUUGGUUCAAAAAGAUCAUGAUACUUACACUAACCUUCACUAAAAUUCGCAUAUGAAAAGAAUAAAGCGAGAGCACACCCAACGGCCAAACCUUCAACCGAAAGUAAACAAAACAAAUACGAUUAAAAGUUGAGCUAGUUUGGUCUACUCAACUGGUAGCUUACUUCACAAAUUUGUCGCUGUUGAUUAGACAAGCACUCAUGCUUAUCGAAGAGUAAACCGGGUUAAGACGACCUGAAUACAUGAUCUUGAUUUUAGUUUUACUUUUGUAUACUUUUAGAUAUUUAUUGGAUCCGAAAUUUGUAUAUUUUCAGACCUUUUUUUUUCUAACAUUGAGACGAAAGUUGGAUACCAACAAGAAGCAAAAACAGAAGAUAGAAAAAACAGACGAAAGUUAGAAAAAAGCCGUAUACAAUCUCAAGAAGCAAAAACAGAAGAUAUGCUGAAUCAGUAGUCGUCUCCCUUGGAGACGACUUCUUUGCAGGUAGGUCGUAGUAAAACCGUGUGCGCGAACUGUGAUACGUAGCUCCCCUUCACAUCACACAGCGGAGGAUACGGCUGAAAUAAAAACAAGAGAAGAAGAUUUUAGCUCAGUUUUUUUUUUCUUUUCUCCUAGGGCUCAUUUAGACUUACGUGGUGAUUAGUGUUUAGAAUAGUUACCUGAACAAAGCCGACGUCGCACAAGGUCUUUAGACCCCCUAGAUAGUUGGUCUCACCAAUCCGAUCAAGGUCCCGUCUGCAAAAAGCCAGUGUCGAGAACUUGUUGUUGAUGGUGGCGAGGAGUUGUUCUGCUCUAGGCAAAGCCAAGUUGAUAUGGCCAAUGUGAGACUUCUUCAUGUAGUGGCUGCACUCUAAGUCUUCUCUAACAUAUCCUUUCCCUGCAACAUAACCACAAAACAUAGGAUCAAUCACACACUGGAGCUAUAGAUGUAGAUGCAAUUUUCAUGCAGAUGCAAUUUUCUCUUUUGAUAGUUACCGGUUGAUCCAAAUGCUUGAAUUCCAUAGUAUUCCCCCUCUUCCAUCCUGGUCUGAAUUGAUUUCAUAGCAUAUCUCUGAUAAGGUCUUAAGCUAUAGACAUUCAAGUUCUGGAUACUUUUAACUGCGCCAAAAAAAAGAGAGAGACAGAUUUAAUGUUUUAUUACAUCAGUAUCGAAACUGGCAGAGAGUGGUUAUUAGACUUGACAAUUGGAUAUCAGUACCUCCAAACACUUUCCCGUUGAUUUCAACUUCAUAGGACUUCAUCACCUCCUCAAUUGAAGCAGCAACGUCGCAGAGACGAGCGUCGAUUCCAGAUUCCUGUAUAAACCCACACAAAGCAGGUUAAGAGGAGUAAUAACUAUGAGCAGUCUCAUAGAAGAAUAAGUUGUGCAAAUAUAAAUGUGAGUCAAAGCUCGAAACUCAGUUAGCUUUCCACUGCAGCGAAAA